GGAAAGGCAAAGGUUUCUUCCUGUCCUUGGUGAUCCUCCCAGCCCUCCUCGGCUGGGCUGCAGUAUUUUGUAUUAGGUAGGCUGGUAGUAGUUGCAGAUUCCUGUGCAGUCUGUAAUGUAACGGACGCAGAAAAGCAGUGGAAGGUGGCUCUGUCAGGUCAAAGAGCUGUCAGCCCUUCUGGUUUGAUGAAAGGCCUUGUAGCUUCACUGUGUUGCACAGGCCUUGUUGCUGUGCUGAUGGAACUUAUCGGGUAUAACAACAGAGCUGGGGCGUCCCUUAAGAGCUGGCACUGAGAGAGAGGGAAAGAGCAGGACAAAACUGGCCCCUGUAGGAGGGAACAGUUGUGGCACAAUGGCCACCCGGACUUUGCUAAAGCAGGGGAUAGAGCCAGAAAUUAAAAUGGAGGAGCAGGAUUCAGCCGGCCUUGAACCAGGAGAUGGCAUGGAGGGAGUAGUUCUUUCCAAACCUGGAAAAGCCAGGGAGUUUCUGUCUCGGGAGGCUUCACAACAUGUGAAACAGGAACCCGAUGAGGGACCCUCCAGAAACUGGGAUGCCCAGUUGCAAGAAUUCCUGAAGACGCUGCAGUCUCCUCAUUCAGGAGGGAGAAACCCACCACAGAAUGAUCCUAAAAGAUCUCAGAUGUCUUCCAAGAGACUGGCAGAUGCCACCAAGUGGCCCAGAGGAUUGUGGGUUUCCCAACCCGAGCCACUCCUCAUAGGGGAAGACCAACAGGAACAGAAAAGCCAUAUGGAUGCCCUGCAGAAUGGGAUGGGAACAGGCGGUGUUCGGGCUGGAGAUACUGUGGGGAUAGAGGUGCAGCGCCAGCUCUUUAGGAAGUUUUGCUAUCAAGAGACUGAUGGACCGCGAGAGAUCUUCAGGCAGCUCCAGGAACUUUGCCACCAAUGGCUGAAGCCAGAGACGCACACAAAGGAGCAGAUUUUGGACCUGCUGAUCCUGGAGCAGUUCCUGGCCAUCCUGCCACUGGAAAUGAGGAGCUGGCUCAGGGAACAUGGUCCAGAGACCUGUGCCCAGGCAGUGACCCUGGCAGAGGAUUUCCUUGUGAGGCAGCAAGAGCCCAAAGGAUGGGAACAGCAGGUCACAGGGAUGUCGGAAGAGGAGUUUGCAAACCCUUCUGAGGCAAAUUGGACUCCGCCAAACACCGUGAAGACACAGCUUCUUGCAGAAGCCAAGCAGGAGGGUGACGGGAGCGCAGAUUUGCUGGCAGGUGAUGGAUGGCUGAGUGAAAAUGAAAGUGAGGAGCAGAAGCCCUUAGUGGAAAACUCGGAGCAAAUGGGGCCACUUAGGGCACCCCCGGAAACAGCUAAAGAGAGUGAUUUUCUGCAUCCAGGAGAAGCUGAUGGGAACCGCUGUGCGGCAGAGAGGCAGAAUGGAAACAAUAAAGAUACAGGAGGGGAUCCAUUUGUUCUUUCUAAAAUGGUGCACAAAAGAGAUGAUGCCAGCACUCAACAGGAUGAGAAUCAGGUGAAAUAUGAUGAGUGCGGGGAAAGUGUUGGUCGAAGUUUGCACCUUACGCAUGAGAGCACCCAUGCAGAAGAGAAUCCAUAUAAGUGCUGGCACUGUGGCCAAAGCUUCAGUAGCAGCUCAGACCUUGUGACACACGAGAGAACCCAUGUGGGUGAAAAACUAUAUAAAUGUUCUCACUGCGGAGAAAGCGAGAGAACCCACACUGGGCAGAAGCCACAUAAAUGCUCGCACUGUGGGAAUACCUUUGGCUGGAACUCGCAAGAGGGGAUCCACACAGGGGAGAAACCAUACACAUGCUCUGAGUGUGGGAAAAGUUGCAGUCAGCGAUCAGACCUCCUGAAACACCAGAGAACCCAUACAGGUGAGAAACCUUAUAAGUGCUCAGUGUGUGGGAAGAACUUCCGAAACAGCUCAGGGCUUAAAGUGCACCAGAGAAUCCACACAGGUGAGAAACCGUAUAAAUGCUCACACUGUGGCAAAUGUUUCAGUUGGAGCUCGCAUUUUAUAUCGCACGUGAGAAUCCACACAGCAGUGUGUUCCUACUGUGGGAAAAGCUUCAGCCAAAAAUCGGACCUUGUUGAACAUGAGAGAUCCCACACGGCAGAGGAGGCAUUUGCAUGUUUUGCCUGUGGGAAGAACUUUGACCUCAGUUCAGAACUGGUCACUCAUGUCCGAACCCACAAAGAGAAGCCAUUUGAAUGCUCAGUCUGUGGGAGAACCUUCCGGAACAGCUUGCAACGCAUUGCCCACCAGAAAGUCCAUACAGGGGAGAAGCAGCAUAAAUGUUCCCACUGUGGGAAAUGCUUUAGCCAGAGACAAAGCUUGAUUAUUCACGAGAGAAUCCAUACUGGCGAAAAACCACAUAAAUGCUUAGUGUGUGGGAAAAACUUCCGAAAUGUCCCAAAUCUUAAAUCACAUGAAAGGAUCCACACAGGAGAGAAACCAUAUAAAUGCUCCCACUGUGACAAAAGCUUCCGGUGGAGUUCCCACCUUGUGUUGCACGAGAGAAUUCAUACAGGAGAGAAACCCUACAGAUGCUCGGAUUGUGGGAGAAACUUUGAUAGGAGAUCAAAUCUUCUUGCCCACAUGAGAAUCCACACAGGGCAGAAGCCAUAUAACUGUUCAGAUUGCGGGAAAAGCUUCACCUCAAGCUCCGUUCUUCUCCGACAUCAGAAAAUCCAUGCUGGAGAGGAAGUUUGUACAUGUUCAAGAUGUGGGAAGACUUUCAGGCAACGGUUGGACAAAAGAGACCAUACAGGAGAGAAGAUGUCAGAAUGUUCCACAUGCAUGAGAAGCCAGCUGUGGUCGGAUCUUCUCUCGCACGCAAGAACCCGUGCCGAGGAAAAGCCAUUUGAAUGUUCGGUCUGUGGGAAAACCUUUAGGAACAGCUCUCAUCUCAUUACACAUCAGAGUGUCCACACAGGAGUUCAACCAAAUCAGUGUUCAGACUGUGGGCGAAACUUCGUGAGGCGGCCCAAUCUCCUUGCUCCAAGUGACCAUGCGGGCCAAAAACCAUAUAAGUGUUCAGAAUGCGAGAGUAGUCUCAGCUAGAAUUUGGUUCUUGCAAAACUCCAGAAAAAUAGCAACCAUGUUUGCUCAUGUUCAUGCUUUGUUAUCUGUUUCCUUGCCUUACCCUUCCUUUUGAAAGUCAGCUGUAAGCUCCUUGGGGCAGAGAACCUGCCUUUUCUUUAAGGUGCUCUGAAAUGUGUCAUAUACACUGAUGGCUCUAAAUAAAUAAGAAGAGAAAUCAUACAUAUCUUUAGAGUAGUGAGGACAGCUUGACUGAGAGGCAGCUAGUUUUGACACUGGGAGGAUUAACCCUUAAGAGGUUAUUUUAAAAUGUGGUUUUAUUUUUUAUUGGUAGUCACAAGAACAGAAGUAGCAAAGAUAAAUGCCAGUUGCAGGGCAGCAACAGCAGGAGAGAGGGCAUGCCCUCGCCUCUUGCCUGUGGGCUCCUCAGAGGCAUUUAGUGGGCCGCUGUGUGAAACAGGAUGCUGCACUAGAUAGGCCUUCGGCCUGAUCCAGCAGGGCUGUUCUUAUGUUCUAAAGCAGGCUUCCCCAAACUGCGGCCCUCCAGAUGUUGCUGAACUACAACUCCCAGCAU